AUGGCGGAGGUCACUAAUCUCCACCGCCAACAUCGCCCACCGUCGGCCGGAAGUCUCAUUUCAUCCACCGUAGCGCCGCCGCCUGAGGACGAUCCGCCACCGCAUGAAGAAGACUUCUACCACCAGAUCAGCUCCUUCGCGUUCGAAUUCGAUCCGUUCUCCCCUCCCAACGAUCCUUCGAACCCCUCCUUCUUCGACGAUUACGCGGAGCCGUUGGAUCUAGGCUUCGAUAUGAACGCGGAGCUCGACAACCCGGGCUGCGAGUACGAGGAUCCCAAUUGCUUCUUCUUCGGAGGCGAAGAGGACGAGGAGCAGAUGAAUUUCGUCACCGAUCUGUUCGAGCCUCGGCGCCAGUCGCUCGCGGCGGAGGAUCUGAAUUGGGACAUCGACGCUGGCCGGGCGGAGGAAUCUGACGAUGAGCUCGGGUUUGGGCCGUUUGUUGGUCUGGGUAUGGGUCUCCGGGUCGCGGGCAUUGAUUCGGAGUCCGAUUCCGAGGUAAACCUAGGGCUUGUUGACAACGAAGAAGAUGCUUAUGAUGCUUUUUCUGUUUUUAACAAUAAUUAUCUUGCCGGCGAGAAUGAGAGGGAGGAAUCUGAAUGGGAGGAGGUGAGUGAAAGGAUUCACUUCGAUGAGAGGGACAACUUGAAUCUGGUGAUCAAUGGAAUCGAGGAAAUAUCUGUUGCCUCAGAUAUUUCUUCUUCGGAUCGUGAGUAUUCCAGUGUAGGGGACAUUGACGAGGGAACAGGGGAGCAGCGUAGGAACCUCGAAUGGGAAGUUUUACUGCCUGUGAAUAAUUUGGAGGGCACUCUUGAAUUUGAGUACUCAGAUAUAGUCGCCAAUGUCCGUAAUGAAGUCUUAUCGCGCGUAAAUCUUCCAGAAGAUUACAUUUUCACCAUGGAAUACGAUGCGGUUUUUGGGCAACUGGCGGAGAAUGAGAGUGCUGUGAAGGGCAGUCCACCAGCUGCAAAGUCCUUUGUCGAGAAUCUGCCUUCGGUUGUUUUGACAAAGGAGGAGAUUGGGGAGAAUGACAAUAAUGGUGUGGCGUGUGCAGUUUGUAAGGAUGAAUUUGUGGCUGAUGAAAAGGGAACUAAGCUACCUUGCUGCCAUUUGUAUCAUGGGGACUGCAUUGUGCCGUGGCUCAAGAUUAGGAACACAUGCCCAGUUUGUAGGUACGAGUUGCCUACGGAUGAUGCGGAUUACGAGAGGAGGAGAAGGAGUGAGAGAGUUGGUGAUGGAGAUAGUGCUGGCUUGCUGAUGAUUUUGAGGUAA